AUGGGAACGGACCUCUCCGGGCUGGAGCUUCACCCCGGACUGGAUUCCAACAUUCCACCUUUUUCCGAUGCGGGAGAAGGAAUGCAGACUGCGGCAACAAAUUCGAGUGAUGUUAUCGAAGGCAGCGAAACAGCAGCAGGAUGGGUGGGUCUAACUCAGGAAGGCUCAUCUGCGGGUUCAGCAGCAGCGGCGGAGGGGAAGCAGCGAGCUACAGGCACGGUCCCAACCGCUCUUUCCAACCAGCCGCUCCCCCCACGCUUCCCGCCUCAGGCGCCGUCCGUUAUGGAAGAGGUAAUCCGCGCAUGGGGCGCCGUGAGAACCGCCGCAGCAGGCGCCGCAGCUGCCGCUACAAGCGCGGUCAUCCGCGCUCCCGCCACUGCUGCCGCUGCUCCUCCGCGGAUCCCGCCUUCCGCAGCGCCUUCGCUCUCCGCCAUGGCGCCGCCCGACGUGCCUCCCGCGCUGAUCGCGGUGAUUGAAAAGGCUCUGCAGGAGGUGGCGAGGGGUGCGAAGGGAGAAGGGAGGGACGGAGGGACGGAGAGGCAGAGGGGGGGAAAAGGGGUGUUGCAGCUGCAGCGACUGGUGGCCGGGAUGUGCCGAUUGGAGGGGAUUCGCGUGGUGGGGGGGGGAGACGCAGAGGCGCGGAGUGCAGGCGGAAAGGACGAGGCGGAGACAAACGAGAGUGAGGGAGUGGGGAAGGGCGCGGAGGGAGGGAGUGAUGCAGGUGCAGUGGGGGCGGAGGAACGAGACGCAGCUGCUGCGGUGGUGGUGGCAACCCUUCUGGCCAUCAUGGGGUGCACGCACGAGGGGGGCGACGUGCAGGAGGCGGACGGCAGUGGCGAGAGCAGGGGCGCGGAGCGGCGGAGGAAUGGCAAGGUGCCUGGGCCUGUCAUCAUGAUGUGUGCCGAGGCCGCUGUGCUGGCCGCCGCGCUGCUGCCGUGGCUGCCAUGCCAUGACUGCCGCCCGCCUGGGGUCACCGCCAGUGGAACAGUGAGUGAUGCGGCAGCGAGGGAAGCAGCAGCAGAGAGAGGAGAUGGCGAGGAGAGUGCCAAGACAGAGGCAGGCGCAGCGGCAGGGGCAGCUGGAUCGGGAACAGGUGCAAGGUGGGCGGCAGGGGCAGUGGUGGCAAGUGGGAGGUCCCCGCGCACGCGCGUGGCACGAGUGCUGGCCACGGCGCUCUCCUCCUGCACGCGCAACCGUGCCAUGUGCGCUGCCGCUCGCCUCACCUCCUCCCUCCUCGCCUCCCUCCGCAUCAUCCUCCUGGGCGGCGUGCGGGCCAAUGGGUCGCUGCCACCUGGUGCUGCCCUGCUGGAUGAAGCACCGUUGCCGGUGGAGCCGAAUGGGAGCAGCGCAAGGGAGGGUGCGGGCGAGGGUGGUGCUGCGCUGUAUGGUGCAGCUGAGGCUGCGUGGGAUGCUCGGCCUGUGCUGGCGGCGCUGCAGUCUCUGGCGUCUCACUCCGUGUCCGUGGGCGAGCUGCGCCAGUGGAUGGCGUCCGUUGUUGCUCUCACCGCCUCUCCCCCCGCUGCCAGCACCCCACCUGCCUCCAUUGCAUCAACAGGAACAGGGGCAGCCGGGAUGGCAGGGGGAGGAGGAGGCGGAGAGAAGGGGGUAAGAGGCGGAGCAGGAGGAGGGGAGUGGGUGAGGCAAGAGAGGGCGGGUGCGCUGCUGGAUGCGCUGCAGGGGGCGAUGGAGGGGGAGGAGGUGAGGGCGCCCGCAUACACCUUCGAGCUGGACGGCGAGAGCUCAGGGCUGCUGGGGCCCGGCGACAGCAAGUGGCCGUUCGGCAACGGGUAUGCGUUUGCGACGUGGAUCUACGUGGAGUCCUUCUACGACACCGAGAGCUCCGCUGUGGGCGCCGCUGCCAUGGCCGCCGCCAUCGCUGCCGCCGCCACCGCCAAGGUCGGCCGCACCUCUGCGGUCUCCGCUGCUGCAGCCGCGAGCGCACUGGCAGGGGAGGGGCUGAUGCACAUGCCGCGGCUGUACAGCUUCCUGACGGCAGAGAGCGAGGGCGUGGAGGCGUACUUCCACCGCGAGUACCUCAUUGUCGAGUCCUCCACGCACCGCGGCUCCAAGAGCACCUUCCACUUCUCGCACGCGUUUGAGGCGCAGCGCUGGUACUUCAUAGGGCUGGAGCACGUGUUCAAGCCGUCGCUGCUGGGCAAGGCGGAGUGCCACAUGCGGCUGUACGUGGACGGGCGCCUCACAGAGUCCCUCCCGCUCGACCUCCCGCGCAUCUCCCGCCCGCUCGGCUUCCUGUGCAUCGGCACCAACCCGCCCGCCGCCAUGGCGGGGCUGCAGCGGCGGCGCAAGCAGUGCCCGCUGUUUGCGGAGGUGGGGCCCGUGUACAUCUUCAAGGAGCCCAUCGGCGCCGAGCGCAUGAUGCGCCUCGCCGCGCGCGGCGGGGACCACCUGCCGUGCUUUGGCGCGGGGGCGGGCGUGCCGGCGCUGGUGAGCAGCGACCAGCUCAUGCUGGCAGCCGAUGAUGCAUACAGCCUCGACUCCGACCUCGCCCCCCGCCUGCACCUGCUCUACCACCCGCGCCUCCUGCUCGGUCGAUUCUGUCCUGACGCCUCCCCUGCCAGUGCUGCCGGGGUGCACAGGCGGCCGGCUGAAGUGCUGGGGCAUGUGCAUGUGGCGGCCAGGCACCGAGUGCCGGAGGCCAUCUGGCAGGCGGGGCAGGGGGGGCCGCUGGCGCUGCUGACUCUCGCCAUUCACGCCGUGCACCCGGACUCGUUCCUCCCGCUGCCGCUGCCUCUCUCUGCGGAUCCGCCUGCUGCAGUGGCUGCAGCGACGCUGCUGCCGCGUGUGCUGGGGCUGGUGGGGCGGGCGAUGCGGCACGGCAUGAACAGGGAGGAGAUCAGGGGAGGGGCUCCCGCCAUGCUGGCGCUCAUGCUCGCAUAUGGGCUCAGUACGUGCGCCCAAGGGGGGGUGGCGGGUGGUGCUGGGGCGGGGGGUGGUAACAGUGCGGACAAGGAGGUGAGUGAGCAGCAGGGUGCAGCGGUGGCGGUGCGUGGCACGGAUGAGGAUGACCCGCCGUACGACAACCAGCUGGCGGCGGCAGCUGCAGCACUCACCAUGGCACCACGCUUCGGUGACCCGUUAAAGCCGCACCUCUUCCUGCACCUGCUGCUGCACCUGCCCCUGUGGGCGUCGUGCCCCCUGGCUGUGCAGCAGCAGGUGCUGUCGUCGCUGGCCGCCGUUGCAGUGCGCGAGCAGCACACGCUGAGAGCAGCAGGCGCGCUGCCCGUGCUGCUGGAUGGGUGCCGGCGCUGCUACUGGGUGCAGCUGGAAGCCAUGUCCCUGCCCCUCGGCCCCGCCUCCUCUCGCUCUGCCACUCCGUUGUCAAUGAAGAGCCCGGGGGCACAAGAGACUGGAGGAGCAGAGGAGGAGGGGGAGGUGGUGGCGGGGCAGCAUGCGCGGAUGGGCGAGGUGAAUGCGCUGGUGGAUGCCGUGAUGGGCGUGCUGGAGCUGCUGCUCGCCACCAGCUCUGCCCCCGCCAUGGCGGCUGACAUGCGCACACUCGUUGCCUUCCUGCUCGACUGCCCACACCCCAACCAGGUGGUGCGAGUGCUGCUGCUGGUGUACCGCCUCCUAUCCCACCCCAACGCCGCGAGAGCAGCCGGCUUCUCCGUGCAGUUCCUGGCAGCGGGCGGCGCCCACAUGCUGCUGGCGCUGCUGCUAAGGGAGAGCCAGUGGGGCGACGCGUGUCCCCUGCUCUUCCCCCCCGUGCCUUGUAAGGCCCAGGCGGCCCGUGUGAAGGAGGUGGUGGGGGAAGAGAAGGGCGAUGGUGGGGUGACGGUUGGAGGAGUGAAGGGUAAGGAUGGAGGUGUGGCGGAGGACGCGGCCAGCAGUAGUGUGGAGGGCAGUGCAGGCACCGGGGGCGACGGUGCUGAUAGUGCUGCUGUGGAGGGUGGAGAUUCCACAGACAAGGAAGGUGCUCGAUCAGCCGCAGAAGCAGCAGGCAUGGCAGCAAGCACAACAACUGAAGCAGAAGCAGCAGAUGCGAGUGGGUGUGGGGGAAAAGGGCCGAGUGCAGAGCUGAAGGUGGACGUGCCACGAGGCAGCAGCAACAGCACCACUUCUCAGGCGCUCUCCCCCAAACCACCCACCCCGAACCCCGCCACCCCCGCCGCCUCCACCCCCGCCUCCUGGCAAGCCUUCUUCGACCCCUUUGGCACCCGGGCCGAUUCCCCAGAGGCAGAAGCGAAAGCAGCGGAUCGGCAGACAGCAGCUGCUGGCAGCAGCGGCGAGGAGGGGGCGAAGGAGACACGAGCAGGGGGGACGGACGGGGAGGCAGCAGAGGAGGCGAAGGAGGAGAGGGAGGAGCGGAUCCCUGAGCCGCGAACGGGGGUGGACGUGGCUGGUGAGAUCCUGAGGAAGCUUCAGCAGCGAGGGCUGUUCCAAGCGUCGCACAUGAGCAUUCUCGCCCCGGGACCCGCCGGGAACAGCGUCACAGUGGCCCCCUCUGUGUGCAUCCGGCAGCCCUUGGGCAGCAGCAGAGCAGCAGGCGCCAAGGGCUCUCACGGGCUCUCAGGGGAUGUGAUGGUGGCAGCAGCCGCGCUCUCCCUCUCUGGCAGUGGCACGCGCACUGGCAGUGGGCGCCGCCUCGCCUCCUCCGCUUAUGGCGAGCAGUCCUUGCUCGCACCGAAGUCAAACGACUUCCCCCUCACGGACGGCCCAGAUGGGAUCUUCCUCGCAGUGGUGUCGAUCCUAGGGCUGUUAGCGGAGGGAGGGUACAUUCGGCUCAGCAGCCCGGCUGUGCUGGGGCUGGUGCCGGGGGGGGCGGGAGCAGGGCUGGGGUCGGUGGUGGCGGAUAGAGGGGUGGGGGAGCGCAAUAACGUGGGGGCGUGGGCGGUGUACGGCGUGCAGAGGGCGCUGCAGCUGGCGCCUGACAGGCUGCUCACGCCUGCCGUGUACCAUGCCAUCAUGACCGCCGUGCUGCGCUGCGAGUCAUCCACAUCAGCGCAAGCAGCUGCCAGCACCACCAACGCCAGUGCGGGCGAGGCUGCCACAGCAGCAGCAGGGCGGAGGGUGCUCCCACCCGACACGGUCUUGGCGGAGUCGCAGCUGCAGCUGCUGCUGGCGCUGCUCAGAGCGCUGCCCUCUGCCUCUCCUCGCACGCAACUCGCCAUUCUGCAGGACGUGCUGCUGCUGGUGUCGCUGAGUGGCAGCAACCGCCGCCAGCUGUCAUGCCUGCCAGAGUGGCCCGAGUGGCUUCUCGAGAUCCUGCUGGACAACCUCGAGCGACUGCCUGCUGGCGCCUGCUCCAUCAGCAGCACUGAAGCUGCCUCUGCUGCGCACGGGAAGCAGCACGCGGCAGGGCAAGGCAAUGAGACACCCACGGCCGCUGCAAGUGGCACGGCAGGGGGAGGGGAGGGCGGGGAGGGGCGUGUGGAGGAGGCAGGUGCAGGUGGUGAUGGUGAUGGCAGUGGCGGGGCGGUUGACGAUAGUGGUGGUAGCAGAGGAGGGGGGUUGAGAGAGGAGCAGCGGGAGCGCGUGGAUGUGAACGAGAUGAUCUUCUCCUUCCUGGGCACCGUGCUCCAACACUGCAUGACGUUCAAGCAUGGCUGGAAGGAGCUAGAGGCCACAUUCCAUUGCCUUGAGUGGAUGGCUCUCAUUGGUGGAUCCAGCAUCGGCCCCGAGCGAGUCAAGCGAGAGGAGGGCAUGGCAACGGUGAAGCGGCGCCUGCUGCAUGGCGUCAUGGACUUCACUGCCGCCCACCUGCGCCUGCAGCCCCUGCCCCAUCGCCCACCCCUUAUCCUGCCCACCCACACCACCACCGCCAAGCAGGCUCAAGUGGAGGCCACAGCAGCAGCGGCAGCAGCGGCAGCAGCGGCAGCAGCAGAGGCAGCAGCGCUGGCAUCGCCUCUCCCCAUAGACAUCCCCAUCUCGCCCACGCCCACCUCCCCACACGCGCGCGCUCCCGACCCGCUGCUCACGUCGCCCACGUCGGCAUGGCUGCUGGAGAACGCGGUGGCGCUGCUGAUGCUGCUCGAGGACUUCCUGCGCUUCCACGCCGCCGCCCGCUCGCCCCUCGCCCUGCCCACCGUUGCCUUCGAUGCCGAUGACACCCUCCCCGGCUCCCGCCCUGCCGCCUGGCACGACGCCCCUGACUCCCCCACUGGAGCCUCCGUUGCUGCGGGAGUGGGGUCUGUGCUGCCAGGCACGACGGCCACAGCAGCGGCGGCGGCAGCAGCAGGGUUGAUGCCGCUGGCGGCGCAGCUGUCCAAUCCGUUGCUCUCCGCAGGCUCCUCCUCGCGGCGCCGCAGCCCCACUGAUCUGCUCACUCUCGAGAUGCUCACGCUCAUGGCGGAUAAUGCGGGCCAGCUCACUGCCCCCAUGCUGGACCGCAUAACUGCCUCCACCAGUGCAGAGCCCUUUGAGGGCGUGCGCUGCGCCCUGCCGACUUACGGGUCUAUUUCCCAGGAGUUACCCCUCAGUUGGGGGCACAGGAGCAAGCUGUGGUAUGGCGUGGCGGUGCCGCCCGAGGGGAAGGGGGGACCGGGGUGGGGCGGCGGGCGGGCGGCGUGGGCGGCAGCAGUGGAGAUUGACCCGGUGACGGGGCGGUGGCAGGACCUGCCUCUUGUGGUGAAGGCUGUGAGCAUGCUGCGAUCCAUGCUGCUGGACGAAGGGAAGGUGGGGCAGGGGGGCGAGAAGCAGGGGGGAAAGGGAGGUGCAGGGGCGGCGGAAGGGGUGUUGGCGGUGGUGGGGGGGAUAGCGAACAUGCUGGGAGGGGGGAGUGCGGGGGGCGUGUUGAACCGCGCGAGUCAGUUGCUCCUGGAGGACGACCAGACGCUGCUGACUGUCAUCCGCCUCGUGGCCGUGGCUGCCAGGGAGCUCAGUGACGUGGUGGACGUGGACCAGGGGGGGGACGGGGCAGCACCACAUGCAAAGGAGGGGCGAGUAGAUGGGGCGGGCGGGGGAGGGAUGGCGUGGGAGCGAGGUGAGAUGGAGGGCAUCUCUCCUGGCGUUCUCAGCUCGCUGCUCUGGCGGUACGUGCACGGCAGCCAUGACAUGCGCAUGCUCAUCUCUUGA